UUGUCUAUGAUCAAUUGUUUUGCAAACAAAACAUUAUUUUUUGUUGUUAUUUUCAAUAUAAAAAUAAAAGGGUGCUAAUCUAAGGAAAUGUAUCCCUGUAAUUGCUGUAGAACAUGUUUAAGCACCCAAAACUUGCAUCCUAUAUUCAUAAUUCCCGAGCAAAGUGAUAAAUAUACGAAAGCCAUUCACACAGCCACCGGUGUAAAGGUAGAAAUCAACGAUAACAUGCCACAAGAAAUGUGCCUUAACUGCAUUAAUUUUAUUAAUGACUCGUUAAAAUUCAGAAGAAUAUGUGAAGAAGUUCAGAACAUGUUACUUGAGAAUAAAUGCAAUGGAAUAAAAUUAGAGACCUCUAAAUUCAAAACGGAAGACAGAAAUCCUUCAAUAGAUAUCACGGAUUCUUAUGAUGAUGAUUUUAAGGAUUUUGACGAUAAUAUAACAUUAGAUACGUUACAGUUUCACGAAGUGCCUAUUCAGAAUCAAACUGAUAGUAACGAAAAAAUUGUUGUAAAUACAAUUGAAAAUCACGAGCAUGUGGAUAGUAACGAAAAAAUCAUCGCUGAAAAUGAAAUUGAUAGUAAAGUAAUAGAAAUAGUAGAAAACCCAAUAUUAUUCAACAAAAAGAGAAAAACAAGAGUCAAAACAGUGAGAAAGAAAGAGAAAAGAGAUGAAAGUUGUAGCAUUAAAGUGAAAGAGGAGAUAGAAUGUGAAUUCUGUCAUAAAAUCCUAACAUCUAAGCUAUCUUUAAGAAACCAUUAUAAAAUACACACCGGUUUUGAUAUAGUUUGUGAGCAUUGUGGAAAGAAGUUCAUAACUCGUCGGCUCCUGCUGAUGCACUGCAGAGCCAAGCACGGCUAUGAGAAGACUGACAAGUGCUCCUACUGCGACUACCGGGCGUCCAACGCUGAGCAGGUCAAGAUACACGAACGUCUGCACACGGGCGAAAAGCCGUUUGUGUGCAAGACGUGCAGCGCGGGCUUCCAUCGCAAGAGCAGCUACCUGCAGCACGUCGCCAUACAUCUGCCUGAGAAAACUGUGCAGUGCGACCAAUGUCCAGCGAGGUUCAAAUCAGUGACACUGAUGCGUAUCCACAAGAACCGUCACCGGCCGUCGCCCUACACGUUCAAAUGUGGCGUGUGCAACAACAGCUUCGCGAGACGACGCAACGUUGCCAGACAUCUGCAAAGAGUGCACGGGCUGACCCAAGACCAUCAUAUACACAGGAUUAAAAUACAUUGAAGCAGUG